AUGAAACAAAAAUCAGGUGAUUAAGAAAAACCAGGACUAUUAGAAUAUUUAGAAGAUAUAAUAGGAAGUAAUUAAUAUUAAGAAUAAAUUGAUAAAAUGAUAGAAGUAUAUUUAUGAUUAGAUUUAUAAAGAAGAGAAAAGGGAGUCAUGUGAAAGUAGUGGAAAUGGAAAUUGAAAAAUUAAAUAAGUAAAUGUAAAGAUAAAAUUACAUAAAUUGA